AGUGCUGUGUGACAAAGCACGUCAAGCGCGAGCCGUGCGAGAAAAUGGAAAAAAUAAAACUCUACAGUAACCUAGUCAGCCCACCGGGUAGGACGGUGCAACUAACCGCAAAAGCAAUCGGCCUUGAUCUCGAGUUUCACUCGAUAGAUAUUCUAAGCAAUGAGCAACUUUCGGAGCAAUUCAUUAAGAUGAACCCCCUGCAUACCAUUCCGGUGAUCGGCGAUAGUGGAACCAUUUUGUACGACAGCCAUGCGAUCGCCAUUUAUCUGAUAAUGAAGUACGCUCCUGAAAGCACUCUUUAUUCGCAAGAUCCGGCAAAGCAGGCUAAAAUCAAUGCGAUCUUACAUUUCGAAUCUGGUGUUCUGUUUGCCAGAUUGCGCUUCAUGGCGGAGAUCGUUAGAGAGGCCAGCGACAUGUCCGAAAUUCCUCGUGAUCGUCUGGACUAUGCACUGAAAGCUGUUGAAUUGCUGGAAGCUUUGCUGAUGGACAAAUAUCUGGCAGGAAGUCACAUGACACUGGCAGAUAUCAGCUGUAUGACUUCGUUUUCCAACAUGGAUUGUUUUCUUCGGCUCGAUCGCGAAAAGUUUCCCAAAGUUUUUGCAUGGUUUGAGAGAAUGAAGGAGAUACCCGGCUACUGGGAAAUCAAUCAAGCGGCUAUCGAUCAAUUUGGUGAUCUUAUUCGAAUGAUUUUCGAGAGCAAUAAGAAAAAAGAAAAUCGUUUGUAUGAGUGACUAAAAAAGGAAUACAUUUUGUUAAAUUUGCAAAUUUGCUCGAGUAAUUUGCAGUGUGUUUUGUGCUACAUUUCUCGUUUAUACAUUUAAUAAAUUUCUGUAAUAACCGUGUUA